AUGAGCGAGUGCCCAUUCACCGUGUGCAGGAGCCUGCACCCUGGCCACCUGUGGAUCUGGUGGCCAAAUGUGUAUGUGGACAAGAACGAGCGCACCUGGCUGCCCAUUAUCAUUGAGACAGAAAGUAGCCUCCAAGUCCUCAUGCAUCAGAUAGACAUCCCCCGAGGAGAGGCUGUGCAGCACAGCCAGCUGUCCCCCAGCAUGCUGCCUCUCAUGUGGCAGCUCUAUCCUGGCAGGCGGUACUGCGCCUCCAACUCUAGCUUCUGGCGCAUCAUGUACCACAUCGAGAUCAGCAGCAUCAAGAACAUGGUCCUUGAGCAGCUGCCAGACCCUUAA